CGCCAUGGACUCUCGGCACUUCUCCGACCUCGGCUUCUCCGCCGGCUCCGCCGGCCCCGGCGCGGUGGUGCUCCUGCAUGCGAAAAAGCUCAAAAAGUGGGAUGAGUUUGAAGAUAUACUGGAGGAGAGGAGGCACACCAGUGACCUGAAAUUUGCCAUGAAAUGCUACACGCCUCCGGUCUAUAAGGGGAUUAACCCUUGCAAGCCUGGUGAUAUUAAGGGUAUGGUUCUCAGUUCUGAUGAGAUCGAUUAUGUCAUUAAGCAGCUUUCCAAGGAAUGCUGUCUCUCUGUCACUGCCCUCCGAGAGGAAGCCUGUGAGAUCCUGGAGGAAAUGAGUCACAAACUUCGUCUGGGAGCUAUUCGGUUUUUUGCUUUUGUCCUAAGUAAAAUUUUUAAACAGAUUUUCUCGAAGGUGUGUGUGAAUGAAGAAGGCAUUCAGAAACUGCAACAGGCCAUCCAGGAGCACCCCGUUGUCCUGCUGCCUAGCCACCGGAGUUACAUUGACUUCCUGAUGCUGUCUUUCCUCCUGUACAGCUAUGACCUGCCUGUGCCCGUGAUAGCAGCAGGGGUGGACUUCCUAGGCAUGAAGAUGAUUGGAGAGCUGCUCCGGAUGUCCGGGGCCUUUUUCAUGAGGCGUACCUUUGGUGGCAAUAAACUCUACUGGGCUGUGUUCUCAGAAUACGUAAAAGCGAUGUUGCGGAAUGGUUAUGCUCCUGUUGAAUUUUUCCUGGAAGGGACAAGAAGCCGCUCUGCCAAGACCUUGACUCCUAAAUUUGGUCUCCUGAGUAUUGUGAUGGAACCAUUUUUUAAAAGAGAAGUUUUUGAUACCUACCUUGUCCCAAUUAGCAUCAGUUAUGAUAAGAUUUUGGAAGAAAGUCUUUAUGCCUAUGAGCUUCUAGGAGUUCCUAAACCGAAAGAAUCUACAAGUGGGCUGCUGAAGGCCAGAAGGGUUCUCUCCGAGAACUUCGGGAGCAUCCAUGUGUACUUUGGAGACCCCAUGUCUCUUCGGUCUCUAGCAGCUGGGCGGAUGAAUCGGAACCCAUACAACUUGGUCCCCAGGUGCAUCCCUCAGAGACAGUCAGAGGACAUGCAUGCCUUUGUUGCCGAAGUUGCCUACAAGAUACAGCUUCAGCAAAUUGAAAACCUGGUUCUGAGCCCCUGGGCCCUGGUAGUUGCUGUUCUGCUUCAGAACCGGCCAUCCAUGGACUUUGAUGCUCUGAUAGAGAAGACUUUGUGGUUGAAGGGUGUGGCCCAGGCAUUUGGAGGCUUCCUCCUGUGGCCCGAUAACAAGCCCCCAGAAGAAAUUGUCCAGUCCAGCUUUCUUCUGCACUCCAACCUCGUCAGCCUUGUUGGAGACCAGGUGGUUCUGCACAUGAAGCUGGAAGACUCGGAAGUGGUUGACGGCCUCCUCGUCCAGCAUAUCACCCUCCUUAUGUGCUCAGCUUAUAGGAACCAAUUGCUCAACAUUUUUCUUCGUCCUUCCUUAGUAGCUGUAGCCUUGCACAUGACACCUGGGUUCAGGAAAGAGAAUGUCUUCAGUUGCUUCCGCUUCCUGCGUGAUGUGUUUUUAGAUGAGUUCAUAUUCCUUCCAGGAAACACAAUCAGGGACUUUGAGGAAGGCUGUUACCUGCUUUGUAAAAGCGAAGCCAUACAGAUUUUUGGGAAGGAUAUCCUCAUCACAAAGAAAGGAGACGCUGUGUUAGAUUUUCUAGUGAGACUCUUUAAGCCUUUUGUGGAAUGUUACCAGAUAAUUUGCAGAUACCUCUUGGAUGAAAAGGAGGAGUGCUUCACUGAGAAACAGUACUUGGCUGCAGUUAGGAGAUUCACAAACCAGCUUCUCGAUCAAGGUGCCUCUCAGUGUUACGAUGUAUUGUCUUCUGAUGUGCAGAAAAAUGCCUUAGCAGCUUUUGUGCGACUUGGUGUGGUAGAAAAGAGGAAGGUAAACGAUGGCUACGUAUUUAGUGUGCAGAAAUCUGCCACCACCAGAUUAGAAGAAAUGCUUGGUUGUAAGACGCCAGUAGGAAAACCUGCCACCGCGAAACUUUAAUAAUCGCCAGAUGGUUGGUCAUGUAACUACUGCCACAAAGAAGAUACCACAAACAAUGGAAAAGAAGAGCCACAUCCUCAUGAGCCGCACCUCGUGGCCCAUGGACAUAGCAGAGAGGAAGAGGUGAUCAGAGUGACCCCUCCGUGCAGUUGAAGUCGUUCCUGUCAACCCUGUGCAUGUUUUAAAAUAAAACAGUCUUUUUGAAAACA